AGCUGGGAGCGCAGACGGUGGGGGAGGGUCACGUGUGUACACACUGUAGGGCUCAGCAGCACUCCAGCGGUAGUAAAGUCUGCAAACGGACGGCCCCCUUUUCAGAACAAGCCUCGUCCGAAAAAGUUGAUAGAUGAAGCCCGACGAACUCCAAACGCAGUGAAACGGCUCCUUUUUCCGCUGUUUUUUGGGGGGGGGUUUGUGCCAAGAGCGCAGAGCCGGAGCGCGUAUUUUAGGACUGUGUUUGACAAAUGAAACGGCUGAGAAACGCCAAUGGAAAUGCUCCAUCCAAACCCAAUGCCUCCGUAGGUUUGUCACUGAGCCAGAUCUAUACGUUUCUGUUGACCUGUUAAGAGUGCUUGACCUGCGUCGGAGCCCAGCGAUGUGGAUCUGCAUGGUUUACAAUGAGACAGAUGCCAGCGUGGACUACCAGCUCUGCCAGGACUUUGGCCUCAUCCUGUCUGUCUUUUCCCUCAUCUACCUCCUGGUGUGCUUCCCUUUGGGGUUGUGCUACAAUGUGCUGCUGGUGGUGGUCAACCUCUCCAACAAGGUGUCCAUGACCAUGCCGGACGUCUACUUCGUCAACAUGGCCAUCGCCGGCCUCGUGCUCAACGUGGUGGCGCCGGUGGAGCUGCUGAGCUCCAGCUUCACCCGCUGGUUUGUUUGGGAGUACAACAACGAGGUGUACAUCACCCUGCUCAUCCUCUUCAACAUCUCCUCUCUGGUCAUCAUGUACUCCACCACGCUCCUCAGUCUGGACUACUACAUAGAGCGGGCGCUGCCUCGAACGUACAUGUCCAGUGUGUAUAACACUAAACAUGUGUGUGGCUUCAUCUGGGGCGGCGCUGUGCUCACAAGCUUCUCCUCGCUGCUCUUCUACGUGUGCAACCAUGUCUCCACUAAGAUGAUAGAGUGCUCCAAAAUGCAGAACAAGGAGGCGGCAGAUGCCAUCAUGAUGUUCAUUGGUUAUGUGGUUCCAGCUGUGGCGGUUCUCUACGCCUUUGUGCUCAUUUUGCGCAUUAGGAAGGAGUCCACACCUCUGGAUCAGGACUCGGCUCGCUUGGAUCCGUCUAUCCACAGACUGCUGUUAGCCUCAGUCUGUGUACAGUUUGUACUGUGGACCCCGUACUACAUGACCCUGUUAGUACACACCAUAGCUGGUACACCAGGGUAUAUUAGUAACGGACACCACAUCCCUACAUAUUAUUUCUUGAGAUGUGUGUCUAAACUGCUGGCUUUCUCGAGCAGUUUUGCAAUGCCACUUAUGUACAGGCAAAUGAACAAGAACUUCUCUAACAAGCUUCAGCGGCUGCUCAGGAGGCUGCACUGCAGAGACCAGUCCUGUCCUCAUGAACGUUCGACGGUGCAGCAGGUGGUGACGUGAGAUCACCCGCUGGGAGAUCACCAACACCCUCCCCACUCCCACUUUUUCCACCUCCUGGCCCUAGCCAGCACUUAUCUCUCCCUCAUAGAGCCAGUAUCUGCCUGGGCUCCCUCGCUGCUCUGGAUUGUGUUAACAGCGACAUAGCAAACUGUGGAAUUUCCUGUCACCUUUCAGAGCUCCAUGUGAGACAUUCAGCUCUGCAGUGAGAGGACAAACCAAGCAAAAACCACUAAGUGCUAUUAUGUUUUGUUACCGAGUACAGCUAUCCGACAGAACACUUGGGCUUCUGGUUUGAGGGCGGUAAAAUGGCACAAGCAGCAGCAACUAUCUAAAGCAGUGUUUUUACAAAGAUAAGACGGAAACAUCCUGUUCGCAAGAGCCUCCCAAAUGCUCCAACAAUGCAGUGGUUUGACUUCCUGAUGUUGGUGUGUUGGGGGUUUUUUUGUCCUUACAGUUUGCAAGCUUGACUGAUAAUACAUGCCUGCCAAAUGUUACUGUAAUCGACGCAUUAUACUCAUGAGAGAUCGACCAACACCCACACCCACAUCCACAUAGUUGGGUAUAUAAACAACAAAACACACAGGACUAACUUUGCUGCCAGUGCAAAUCAGUAUUUACCACCCUCAAACUCAACGCUUUGAUCACUUGAAUAUGAGGGCAGUUCCUCCCGGAGCGGAAUUUUCUUUUUACUUCAAUGUUUUAAGAACGAUUCCUCAUCAUCUGAGAUAAUUUUCUUAAAUACUUCAAAGGUGGAGUUCAUUAUUAAUGGUCUUUCUGUAGCCCAUGAAAAACGGUAGCUAUUUGUAUUCUCAGUAUCAGUAUGACCUUGUAGCUUGACGUACUGGUAUGCAGAGCUGUUGUCAUUUCUAGAUUGCGUUUUGAGGUUUUGAUCCAUUCGCAGCACAUGUCAUUUAUUAACAGCUACGUUACUUCGAAUCACACAGAACAACAUAAAAAAGCUUUUAUUCAGGGUUUCAGUCAUAACCAGUAUACCUCUUGUGAUCUCUGAAAUCACAAAACCAGAAGCACUUCUAUCACCGCAUCCCAAAUUGACCCUUUAAUUUAAUAGUGUGUGAUUUGUGAAGCUAUUUUUUUUUUUUUUUUUUUUUUGCUUCUGCCGUCAGUAUGCAUGCAGAGCCUCACACAGGGUCAGUGAAGUCCACACAGGGUCACAGAGAGGACUGUGGAGGAGGUGGCAUGUACAUUCCCUACAUUGUAAGAGUGUUUGGGAGGCUUCCUUCAGUGGAAAUAUGCAGACUGGACGCGGCACUAUCAUAAACCUUCACUAAAGUAUGAGAAGACUGCCUGCCAAGCACCUGCAAACAGCGUGUUUGAUGCAGAGUUUGGACUGUAAUUCUGCUCAGUUGUGCAAGGUCGAUCCGCACGUUUAUCGGCAGAGCUGCUUCGCUUUCUUGUC